UUUUGUUUUCAAUUAUUGUAUAUUUUUCAAAAGCAGUAAUUUUAUUUGAGUUUCAAUUCAGCUUCAUUUAAAAAACACAUCAUGGCACCGGUAACACUAUCUACUGCGUAUUUUCUGUGCCUCCUUGCUGCAACAGCAAAUUCACUGUCUUGUAUUCCUUGUGGUGACAACGAAUGUCCCGACGUUCCUUGCCCAAAAGGUGUCACAGUGGUGAAGGAUGAGUGCGGGUGCUGUGAUGUAUGUUCAAAACAGAGAGGUGAAAAAUGUGGAGGUAGUUUUGACAUAUUCGGAGUUUGCGACCCGAAUAAAUCACUCGUAUGUACCAUGGAUGAACCUACCUGUGACCUGGAUUUCAACCUAGAGCCAGUGCCUGGACCUGAACCGUCGCCAUAUGGAAAAUGCCAGAAUCCACUAUUUAUUAAAAUCAUUGAGUUCUACUGUAGUUACUGGCAGAAAAUCAUCGAUCUACUGAAAAAACUUCGCAGCAAAAAGAAUGAUUGAAUGUUUCAUGAAAUUUACUUCUGUCUGUUUGUAAAUAGUUUUGUAUAUCAAUAUGUGUGAAAAUGUAAAUAAACUAGAAUUAGCAAGUAU